AUGACAGAAGAGUUUGCCCUUGAAAGAAACAUCAGGAACAAACAGACAGCAGUGACAGACUAUUUCUCAGAUUACAUCAGUUUGAUACCAUCAGAAACUCGACCUCCAAAACACAGAAUACUGGAAAUGGACUUCGACUCGUGCAAUGGAGAGAACCCGAGUUUAGAGGACAAACCGAGCCAGUAUGAAGACGACGUUUCGGAUCUAGAAAGCUGCGUGGACUUUGACGAGGAGGCGUGUCGAGCACCACCAUUACAGUUUGUCUUCCCACUACAGGACCUGUACAGGUAUCACGUGUUCUUCUCUCACAGCGCAGAUGACAUCGACUGGGUGCGACAGAUGAUUGGCCGACUGCAGGGUCCGCCAUUUUGUUACCAGUGCUACUAUCUAUGCGACAAGUUGCACCGCAGACUGAGCAUCGUACAGAACUUGCAGUGUGCCUUGAUGCUGAGCGAACGAGUGGUCCUCGUGCUGACUAAACAAUACGUCACAGACACGUGGCCGCACUUCCUGACGAUGAUGAAGAGUCUGACGUCAGCGAGUCUGCGCCAACAGCGCAUGCUCGUCCUCGUUUUGGAGGAGUGUGAAAUUCCGGCUGAGCUGGAGCACAACGAGUUUCUGGACGCCAGGGAAUCGGAUUUCUUUCGAAUAUUCGUGACAAGGUUGAAAAGUGAUCGACUUCCUCGAAGCAGCCAGUCCAUCAGCAGUGAUAUUGCUGCAGCACUGUCAGCACAUCUUGCAAAUGGUCAUAUUUUGGCAAGUGUUGACAUUAACAUGCGCGGGGUUUGGCAGCCCCAUCUGGUGGUGGACGACACGGACAAGGACAUCCCGACCUCUCUCAAGUGGCACGGAAUUAAUAUGAGUCAGAGCGAGUAUACGGAGUUGAUCCGACGUGUGACGCACGUGCACCGCGGUACGAGUCGCCUCCCCUGGGUUUUCAGCCUCCAGCCCGUGCUCGUCCUGCUGUCUGUGUUCGGGCUGUGGAUCGUCAUCUUCGUCCUCGUCAUCGUCGUUCCCGUUGAAGACGUCGCUGGAGAUAUUCUUCCCGUUCGUCUAGUGGUGUUCAUAGUUCCGCUCAUCCUUCUCUCACUCCUCUACACAGUGCGAUGGAAGAGGAGAAAGAUCAAAAGAAAGAUAUCAAGACAGAUGUUACAACUGUGUGUACACCUAAACAGUUUAUUAUACCUUGACGAUCGCCCCCUGGUGGUAACGGCUGCACAUAGCAAAGGUCGAACAUUCACACUCCAUUUUGUUUAUUUCAGCAUUCCAGAAUGCACGAAGGAUGUGGAUCUUCUGAUCACCAGCUGUCUGACAGAAGAUGUAGGGAAACUGUCACAGAUGACUCGCUUUUAUACAAAAGACACAGAAUACCUCUGUCGGGUGUCCCUGGCGGAACGCCUCACCGUCAUGAUGGCGGCGGCCUUCACCUUGAAAUUAACCAAUCACCAGCUGCCAUACUCGCCCCAGCAACGUCACACGGACAAACUGCUAUGUCUGUGUCAAUUCACAGAGGAGUGCAUAUCGUCCUAUGUACAUUUCGUCACCAAGGAAGAUGUAACGGGACUGGUCGAACUAUUUUCUGUAAAUCUUUUCUGCUCCAUCACAUCCAAAGACAUCAGACGCAUAUUCGAAAAUAUGCUUUCCGUUUAGAUACUUAUCAUAUCUGAUUU